UCUGGGAUGGCAGGAUGGCACAAGGAACUGUAUAUAAGAGCCAGACUUUCUCCUGUUCAGUACCCCAGACUGACAUUGAGAAGGAAGAAGAGAAGAUAAUUCUGCAACAGGUCAUCAUCUUAGACAUCUGCAUCAACUUCACCAUGAAGAUGCUAGCUGUGUCUGUACUUGUUGUUGCCAUGAUGGCUCUGACUCAUGGUGCUGGUGAGUACUCGUGUGAUUUCCUGAAAGAGUUUGGUGCCAUGAAAGAAAAACAGAGAGUUAUGGAAACCAGACUGACAGACAGUGAAACCAAGCUGAAGGAAAGUGAAAACCAGAUUCUUGAACUGAAGAAAAAAGAAAGAACCGUGGUAGUGUUCAGUGCAGCAACAGAUCAGAGAGGAACCAUUGGACCCUUCAGAACAGAUACAACUUUAGUCUACAAAGUAGUUAAAUCAAACAUUGGCAAUGCCUACAGUCAAUCCACUGGUACCUUCAUUGCACCUGUUCCAGGCAUUUACUACUUCACCCUGUUUUAUCAUGCUGGAGGAUCACGGCCAGCUUAUCUAACCCUCAUGAAGAACAACGAGGUGGUUGUGACAACCUCUGAUCACGCAACAUCACAUGACGGGGCUGAUAACGGUGGCAAUGCAGUGUUCUUGCAGCUGAAGCAAGGGGACUGUGUGUAUGUGCGCUUACGUGCAAAUACACAUGUUUGGGGAAGCAAUUUCGGUACCACCUUUAGUGGUUUUCUGGUCAGUCAGGUUUGAACAGUGAAUAAAGAUAGAAUUUAUUUCUCAAUACAGUUAUAAUUUCUAAUUUCUUUUAACAAAUCUGAAAUUAUGAUUAUUCACUUUUAAUUGAUUCCUAUUAUUACAGCUGCUUUAAGUGCCCUUUCUACAACUUGGAUUUGUACAAGUAACUAUUAAACAGAUUACAGACUAUGUUACAUUGUGUUAUCUGGACAGGUAGAUCAGAAUUAAAUAAUAAUGCCUCAUCUGAGAUCUUAUACUUGUUAAUUAUCAAGUAUCUACUUAUCUUGUUUUUCUCUUCAAAAACAAUAAAGUCAAACUCUUCUGUUGCAUCUUAAAAUAA